ACGACUCGUCAUCGGGUUGUCAUUCCUCUGCUGGUGCUGGAAUACAGAUGACCAUGGCGGAGCACGCGCGUGUUAUUAAUCUGCUCUGCGAUCACUCCGGGUGUAUGGAGUAUGAUAAAAUUGUGCAGUCGGGAGCAGUGGAUUCAGUGGAAGAUUUAGAGAGUCUGCUUGCGAACAGUGACAUGUUUACUGUUUUACAGCAAAACAAGAGCAAAAGAAUGGUCCUGGUGACGUCUAAAGUCAGGCGCUGCAGAAACAGAGAGUGUCAGGAGAGCUGUAGAGACCUGCACCUGUGUGUAUUUCACAUGCUGGGCCAAUGCAACGUACAAAGGUGUAAAUACGGCCACAGUCUGGAGACGGAGCACAAUUCCAGAAUUUUGCGUGAGCACGGCUUACAGGGUUUGAGCAAAGAUCAACUACGUGUGCUGUUGCUACAAAACGACACCUCCCUGUUACCCAACGUCUGCGUCUCGUAUAACAAAGGCAGUGGUGAGUUUGGCAACUGUCCCGAGAAGGAGGCCUGUAGACGUCUCCAUGUCUGUGACAGGUACAUCAGGGGACUGUGCGACGGCAGUAGCGAGUGCAACAAGUGCCACGAUUUCUACGAGCCUCAUCCGAUGCAAACACUGCAGGCCAGAAGAGUAUCCGGUCAGCUGAUCGGAUGUCUUUUGCUGAUUUAUCGUAAUAUUUUGACACUAAAGGACCAUAGAAAUGCUCUGGAGAGACCUGGCACCAAAUGUAAGAUGACCUCCAAAACCAUCAACAAAACCAAAGCGCCCGAGUACUUACAGAAGAAUGGAGGACAUUUUAUUUGCCUCUCAUUCAUUAGAGGAAUCUGCAAAUAUGGAGAUAAAUGCUGGAGAGUCCAUUUUGCCGUUCCCUAUAAGUGGGAGGUGGAGGUGGAUGAGGGUUGGAUAGAUCUACCUGACAAUGAAGCGAUAGAAAGAGAGUACAGCGAUCCAUCAAAGAUCCACAGUGUGGGCAAUGAACCUGUGUGUUUUGACACAAUGAUGGUGGGAGUUCACAGAGUGCGGCGUCUCUCUACUGUCUCAUCUGUGCUUGAACCCAGCUUCAGCCACACUACGAAGUGGAUCUGGUACUGGAAGAAUGAGUAUAAUAAAUGGAUCCAGUACGGAUCAGUCAAGGAGAUGCAUAGACUGUCCUCCAUCACCAGUGAUGAACUCGAGAAGAAAUACCUCCAGUUCUUAGACAGCAACACGCAUGAUGUGGUUAAAUUUUCAGCUGGGAAACAGUUUUAUGAGCUGAAUUUCAAAGAUAUGAAGCAGCGGAAUGAAAUAACCAGCUCGGAGAGGGAAGUUAGGCGCAGACCGUUCUUCGUUUCUCUCCUCGAUGUUCGGAAUACUAGAACCAGAAGAGGAGCAUACUCCACCUUUCGUGGAGUUGUCCCAAGCUUUUGGGAUAAAACUGCAGUCUCUGAAUCUGGAUUUCAGCGAGUCUUGCUCGAUGCGUCUCACAAGGACUACAUCAGAGUACAGGAACAUUUCAACAAGACUAUGAAGGACUUUAACAUCUUGAGUAUUGAACGAGUUCAGAACAAGGAGUUAUGGGAGGAUUUUCAGACGAAAAGAGAGCGAAUGAAAAAAGCAAACAGUGAAAAGAAAUACCGUGAAGCAGAGCGAUUUUUAUUCCACGGCACCAACACGAGGAACGUUGACGCUAUCUGUCUCCAGAACUUUGAUAUGAGGGUAUCUGGGGCCAAUGCAACAGUGUACGGGCAAGGAAGCUACUUCGCCCGGGAUGCAAAGUAUUCCCACGAUUACACGGAUCACUAUAGUGAAAGAAAAAUGUUCACAUGCAGAGUGUUGGUUGGACAGUACACUAAAGGAGCGUCUCAUUACCGCAGACCUCCAGCUAAAGACGCGGCAGGAAAUCUUUACGACAGUUGUGUAAAUGACCUACGUGAGCCCACUAUCUAUGUAGUGUUUGAACGCUCCCAGGUUUACCCAGAAUUCCUGAUUACCUAUGAGAAGUCCAUGGGAAGCACAGGAGAGACAUUAGCCGCUGCGAGCAGCCGAACAACAAGAAACACUCUUUCUGCUGAUUCGGAUUCUUUAGGAUCUCUCGAUAGCGAUGACACUUCAGACUUUGAGAUAGUUACAACAAAAAGUGUAGGCUUUGCCGCUUCCAAAAGCAACCUAUCUGUUAGUUCUAAGCCAUCUCAGAGUUUAACGUCACUCAGCAGGUUGCUAAGAGAACCAGAUAAUUCCUUGCAUGCAACUGGUACAAUUCCAGUGUCCUCUGAUUCAGAUAAUCUUCUAACUGCUGCUAAACCUAGUCCUGACUGUAGCAGUGUUCAGUCUGGGAUUGACGACUUGACUUUGACGGCUCGUACCUCUAACCUAGCUACUGAAAGAACGUCUCAGAGACUACAGCAAGAUUCAGAGUUCGCCAAGACACUUGCUGACUCUUUGGACCCAUUUUCAUAUUCUCCAGUCAAGGCCAAGAGCGUUGACGCUUCCUCUUCCAUCUUUUCCUCGAACAUAGAGAGCGAAACGUCAGUAGCAUCCAAAACCAGUUGUUAUGCAACUCAUAAGCAGCCUCCCUCGGAUGGUUUCUUGACAGGUUCCUUUAGCGCAACACGCUCAUCUGACAAUGCCAGUCAAUGGUUGGACGACUUUGAUGAUGUUCUUAAUGUGAGGCAAACGGCAAGUGUGAUUAGCACAGGUUCACCUCAUAAGGCCAACAACAGCACUUCCAGUUCAACCAGCGCAGGAGAGGAACUUGUAACUUCUCUGAGCAACACCGGGUUGCCGAGAAAGUCAGCUCAGGAUAUACUUGCUUCUGUAAAAAGUCCAGUUUCCUCCUAUUCUGACAAUCAGCUGUUGAUCUCGGGUACGUCUAGCUUAACAGGUAUAAGAGAUACAGAUACGUCUAGACCAAAAACAGAUUCAACAUAUGCGUUUAGGACGAAUCCAGAUUUGUUCACCACACAACGUUCUCAAAGCUCACAGCAACAUUCACAAAAACCGGUAUCUCCCAGACAAGUGGAAACCAACUUUUCAGAUCCACUUUCAGCUUUAUCCAGUGCUACACCCAGGCCUAGAAAUGUCAGCUUGGAUGCUUUUCCUUCCAGCAGUUAUUCAGUAACAGAAAGCAGUAUCUCAGUCAAGUACACAACCACUUCCUCUUCAGCUAAUGAAUGGCCUCUCGCUUAUGGCUCCUCGUCAAGUUUUAAUGAAAAGCCGCCUUCUCCGCUCUCCGGUACACAAACUUCUCAGAACCGCACAAGCUCUCAACAGCAGAAGAACGUCUUAGAAGCUCGAGGCAAACAGGAAAAAAAAUGUCACAUACAGAAUUACAGUACCAGGUGGAGCUAUAAUCAAGGUCCAAAGGUUAAUGUGAUAGGUAAAUAUUGGGGAAAGAACUUUUCUGUGUCACAGGAUAGUGAAUGUCAACAUCCAAUUCAGCUCAGUAGUCUGAAGUCCACCAAGACACACAGAGAGGCAGCAGGAAGUUCAGCAGUCAUGGAUUCAGAGGAGUUUGUUAGUCAGGAUUUCUGUCUCCAUGAUGAACAAACGGAGCUUGAGGAUGUGUGUGAUGAGGUAACCCAACUGGAUUUAAAUGAGACAGAAAGUGAGAUGGAUAGCUGUGUGGUGUUCGAGGAGGAAAGUGAAAUGCAGAUUAUUAAAACCGAACUGAGAUUAUGUCGGAUUCAGCAUUGUGAAGGCUGCAACAACCUGCACCUGUGCAAACUCUUCCUGUUUGGAGAGUGCCCUUCCCACAACCAAAGAAAGGAGUGCCCGUUCGGCCAUGACCUCUAUUCAGAGCACAACAUCGGCGUGCUGUGCCAACACAAGCUGCUGGAACUGGACUGCAGUGAGCUGUGCAUUACACUUCUGCAAAAUGACACCAACUUAUUGCCUUCAGUGUGUUUGGCGUAUAAUGAGGGCAGCAGUAAGUUUGGGAACUGUCUCAAAGCUGAGUCCUGUAAAGAUCUCCAUGUCUGUGAAAGCUACAUCAGAGGACAGUGUGACGGCAGCAGCGGAUGCAGCAGAUGCCAUGAUAUAUACGAACCUCAUCCACUUAAAACACUGCAGGACAACGGAGUGCCCAGUCAGCUGAUGAGCAUUUUACUGCCAAUCUAUAAGAGCAUGCUUACCAUGGCAGAUGCAGACAGGUCCACGCUUAACAGCAGUGCCACAGCACCAGAGGAAAAGUGGAUAUGUCUUUUCCACUUUGAGAAAUCUUGCACUUUGGGAGACUCAUGUGAAAAUGAGCAUUUCUACUUGCCCUAUAAAUGGGAGCAGAGGCAUGGGGAAAGCUGGAACCUUCUGCCUGAUAAUGAGGAAGUAGAAAGAGCGUUCUGUGAUCCAUCGAAGACACACAGUGACAGCAGCGUACCGGUACACUUUGACACAAUGACUCGGGGUUCUGUAGAAGUCCGCCGCCUCUCAACUAUUUCAUCAAUUCUAGAUCCUAGUUUCGCCCUCGCUACAAAAUGGAUCUGGUACUUUGAGGAUGAACAUGGGGACUGGAUCCAGUACGAAUCAUCACAAGAAGAAAACAAUAUAUCUUUCAUGGUUAGUGAGUUCCUGGAAUGGAAGUACCAAGAAAACAGGAGAGCUAUCAUCAGAUUCACUACAGCCGGACACUCUUAUAAGGUCAAUAUGCAAGACAUGAAGCAGUACAAGAAACAAAAUGGCACUGAAAUGCGAUUAAGGAGGAGACCCAGGUUUCUCUCAGCGGAAGAUGUCCAAAACGCCAUAACAAGGGAAAUGGAAUCCGAGGAUCGUUCACAAAGUCCCCAAGCUUUAUCUUGUGACUCAGAUGAAGCCGAUAUGUCUGUAACUGGAUUUGAGAGGGUUCCCCUGGACAGUGAUACGGAUCAAUAUAAGAAGACUGUUGCGCGCUUUUAUAAGACAAUGAGAGAUUUUAAUUUGAAGAGCAUUGAAAAGGUGCAAAAUAAGGACUUGUGGGAAGUUUUCAAAAGGCAUGUCAAUGUUAUAAAACAGAAAAAUUUGGGCAAGGAGAAUGUCAAACUCCUGUUUCAUGGUACUGAGUCCAAGGAGAUUGAUGCCAUCUUCCAGCAGAACAACGGCUUGAGAUUUUGUCAUGAACAAGAAACAGCAUAUGGAAAAGGUAUUUAUUUUACCAAGGAUGCCAAAUCCUCCCACAGCUACACUGACAAGUCUGGGACUCAGUAUAUGUUCCUUUGCCAAGUAUUCACAGGAGAAUAUACCACCGGGCAUCCCAGCUAUAUCCAACCUCCACUGAAAGAUGGGGAAAACGGCAUCUUCUAUGACAGCUGUGUAAAUGAUAUCAAAAACCCAUCCAUAUUUGUUGUGUUUGAAAAACAUCAGGUGUACCCAAUGUACCUAAUUCAAUAUGAAAAACGAGCAGAAAGUAGUCCUUUACCUGUCUCUCAGAAUCCAUUCUCUUUAAGCACUCAGACUAGUUUCAGUAAGCCGUACGUAUUCCGUCAACAUUCUACUAGAGCUUUCUUUCCAGUUUUGACAUACAACACUCCAACCUUGUUGAGUGCUCCAAAAUUCAAUUUUACUCCUAUGGUGCGCCCCCCCUUCUUUGCUCAUUUAAAGGAAAUAAAUUUCCAAAGGAGUGCAGCCCGGUUCCCAUUUCCUUACUAUUAUAGGCCUUCUCAAGUCAGAGCGUAUAGCAGUCCUACAUGGUCACAAAAACAACAUGGUUCACAUGGAGGGUUUCGGUCAAUGCAUUCUCCCAGGAAUGAUUUAGCUCAAGCUGGAACCAUAGCUUCACUUAGAAAGGACUAUGCAAAAUAUCCGGUUUCAAAAUCAGUGAGGUCAGAUAGAGAAUCACGUCCAACAACAAUAAAACAAACACCCAGACCAGCUGGUGGCUUAGGUCCAAUGAAGGCUUCAGCAAGUGUAUCAUCUGAUACCAAAACCUCAAAGGCAGUAAAAGGUCAAAAUGCCAGACACCAGCACUCAAAUUCAGCCGAAUCAAACAGUGGAUUGAAUCCAGGGACUGCUUAUGCCUGCACAUCAACUCAUGCUAAUGCUUCAAAGUCAGUUAGAAAUGAAAAUGCAAAAGCAAAAAGAGUUCCAAGACCUAUGACUAAUUCUGAUGCAGAAAGCUCCAAAUCUGUAGGAAAGAACUCCAGAAGCUCUGAAACACAAAGAACUACACCUGCAGGUAACAGCUCCAAGAGCUCCACUUCACAAACUAGUGGACCUGCAGGUAACAGCUCCAAAAGCUCCACUUCACGAACCAGUGCACCUGCAGGUAAGGGCUCCAAGAGCUCCACUUCACAAACCAGUGGACCUGCAGGUAACACCUCCAAGAGCUCCACUUCACGAACUAGUGGACCUGCAGGUAACAGCUCCAAGAGCUCUGCUUCACGAACCAGUGCACCUGCAGGUAACAGCUCCAAGAGCUCUACUUCACGAAGCACUAAACCUGCAGGUAACAAUUCCAAGAGCUCCAAAGGAAGGCACUAGUUCUUGCUGGUGUUGAAGCCUUCAAUUAUUCUAAAAUGUAAUGGUAUUUCAGGAGAGUCUUUUCGUACCAAUAAACUAAAAUGUCAAUAAAAUCGAACCAUCAAGUCAAACUGGGACUUGAAAUUUCUAACGAAUAAAAAAACGAUUAACAUUUACAGAAGACUUCAAACCUUUGGACCUUAUACCUUUUCAAGUCCCAUGAACAUUCAGCAAGUAGAACGCAUAAUACUUGAAAAUCAAUACAUAACUUUUUACUUUGCGGAAGAGACGCAUCUGUAUAUGGGUGGAAUACGCUGGAAAUUAUUGCCACAUCUCCCCCGUAUAGUCUUGACCUCGCUUCAAUCCAUUUCCACAUUUGGGCCAAUAAAGGAUUUCCUGAGAGGCCAGCAUUUUUGAUGUGAAGCAGGCAGUCCAAUCAUGCUUGUUUUUACUCUCU